AUGGCUAGAACUCAGUGCCCGUUGCCUGCUCUAUGGCUCUUGGGAUGGACACACCUGCUUUUGGUGCCCGGUGGUAUUCCCCCUGCCUGGGCCCUGAACCUGGAUCCUGCAUGGCCAACCCUCUACGUUGGCCCCAAUGGCAGCCACUUUGGAUUUGCUUUGGAUUUUUACCAGGAUGGCUAUGGAGGCAUUGGCAUUGUGGUGGGAGCCCCACAGGCUGUAGGCCUCCAGGGGGAAGAGACUGGAGGUGUGUUCCUGUGUCCCUGGGCAGCCCAGGGCAGUUCCUGCAGCCCCCUGACCUUUGAUCUCAAGGAUCAAACCAGCAAGGUGGGGCCCGUCACCUUCAAAACCUUCAAGACCAAACAGGGCCUUGGUGCAUCCGUUGUCAGUUGGAAGGACAACAUUGUGGCGUGCGCUCCCUGGCAGCACUGGAAUGCGCUGGAGCUGACCGAGGAGGCCGGACAGACGCCUGUUGGGAGUUGUUACGUGGCCCAGCCCAAGAGCGGCCGUCGGGCAGAGUACGCUCCGUGCCGAGAGAAUGCCAUGAAUCAGCUCUACUUGGGGAACUAUCGCCGAGACUUGCGCUACUGUGAAGUAGGGUUCAGUUCCACCAUCACCCAGUCUGGAGAGCUGGUCCUGGGGGCUCCUGGAGGCUACUAUUUCAUAGGUCUGCUAGCCCGGGCUCAGCUUUCUGACAUCGUGUCCAGCUACACCCCAUCUGCCCUUCUCUGGACUGUGCCCUCCCAGCGCCUGAGCAAGGACGUCUUUGAGUCUGAGCACCGGGACGCCUACAGGGGGUACUCUGUGGCUGUAGGAGAAUUUAAUGAAAACCCUAAAGAUACAGAAUAUGUACUGGGUGUCCCCAACUGGAGCACAACGCUUGGAGCGGUGGAAAUUUUUUACCAGAACCACAGCAUCCUACAGUUGCUUCAAGGAGAGCAGGUUGCUUCAUAUUUUGGGCAUACAGUGGCCGUGACCGACAUCAACAGGGAUGGGAGAGAUGACCUACUGGUAGGUGCCCCACUCUUCAUGGAGCAUAGAGCCAACCGAAAGUUGGCAGAAGUAGGACGUGUAUACAUCUAUCUGCAACUGCGAACCCCACACACCCUGAGCAACCCCAAGCAUCUGACUGGCACAGAAUUAUAUGGGCGUUUUGGCUCAGCUAUUGCUCCUCUUGGUGAUCUGGACCAGGAUGGGUACAAUGAUGUAGCAGUAGGGGCCCCAUUUGGAGGCUCCAAUGGACAGGGCCGAGUGUUCAUAUUCCGGGGGCAGGAUGAAGGUCUGAGCCCACGCCCAUCCCAGGUUCUAGAUAGCCCUUUCCACCAAGGUUCCGGUUUUGGCUUUGCCCUGAAAGGGGCCACUGACAUCGAUGCCAAUGGAUACCCAGACCUGCUGGUGGGGGCAUUUGGAGCCAACCAAGUGGCUGUAUACAGGGCUCAGCCUGUGGUGUGGGCCACCGUCCAAUUACUGGUGCCAGAGGUACUGAACCCAGCUGUGAAGAACUGUGUCCUCCCUGACCCAAAGUCCGCGGUUUCAGUCAGCUGUUUCAAUAUCCAGUUGUGUAUCAGCAUCACUGGGCACAGAAUCCCAAAGAAGCUUCGUAUAAAUGCUGAGCUGCAGCUGGACCGGCUGAAACCACGACAGGGUCGGCGGGUGCUAUUGCUGGGCUCUCUGCAAUCAAGCACCACUCUAGAAUUAGAACUAAGCAGUGGACAUACCCCUAUUUGCCACAACAUCGAGGCCUUCUUGCGGGAUGAGGCUGAAUUCCGGGACAAACUGAGCCCCAUCAUGCUCAGCCUUAAUGUGUCCCUCAAGAAUGAGGGGGCUGGAGGUCCCCUGCCCCUUGUACUGAAUGGAGACACUCACGUACAGGAACAGACUCGCAUCGUACUGGACUGUGGGGAAGAUGAUGUAUGUGUGCCCCAGUUACAACUCACUGCCAACGUGAAAGGUUCUCCCCUCCUAAUUGGGGCAGACAAUGUGCUGGAGCUGCAAGUGAACACCUCCAACGAGGGGGAGGGCGCCUACGAGGCCGAGCUGGCGGUCCACCUUCCCCCGGGUGCCCAUUUCAUGCAGGCACUGAGUGAUGUCAAGAACUUUGAGAAACUACUUUGUAUCCAGAAGAAAGAGAAUGAGAGUCAGAUAGUGCUGUGUGAAUUGGGCAACCCAAUGAAGAAGGAUACCAGGAUGAGAAUCCUGAUGCUGGUGAGUGUAGGAAACCUGGAGGAAGCUGGGGCCAGUGUCUCCUUCAUGCUGCAGAUUAAGAGUAAGAACAGUCAAAAUCCCAACAGUGAAGCCCUUCAAAUAGAAGUGCCCGUUAGGGCCAAAGCCCAUGUGGAGCUGUUUGGGAACUCUUUCCCAGCUUCCUUGGUGCUCUCUUCACUCCAUGAGGGGACCCUGGUGAAUGAAUACUCAAGAAAUGUAGAGAAUAUUAAAUUCAAGAUAGAAGAUGCUGCCAAGGUGGAACAUGCAUUUGAGCUCCACAACCAGGGUCCAGGGACAGUGACUGGACUUCAGCUUUGGAUAGACUUCCCUAGCCGUUCCCUGUUUGAUGACGUGCUCUAUGUGCUGGAUGUUCAGGCCCAAGGAGGCCUCCAGUGCUCUGUUCAACCUCCGCCCAAUCCCUUCAAUCUGACAGUUGGGCCACCUACCCCUGUUCCCAGCUCCACCCCCACUCCCCAUUUCCAACAUGAACGAGAGAAGAGGGAAGCUCUUACUCCAGAACAUCUAGGGGAGCUCCAAGAACCAAAACUCUGGAAUUGCAGCACUUGGCACUGCACCUCGGUGUCGUGUGAGCUGAAGCAGAUGGAGCGAGGCCAGCGGGUCAUGGUCACCAUAUCCACCAUUCUAUGGAUGCCUGGCCUCCUGGAGAGGUCCCUGGACCAGUUUGUCCUGCAGUCUAAAGCCUGGUUCAACGUCUCUGGGCUGCCUUACAAUGUGCCUGCUGAGAGCCUGCCUCAUGGAAAUGUUGUGGUGGAGACCAGGCUGCUUCAGGUAUCUCUGGAAGAAAGGGAGAUUCCCACCUGGUGGGUGGCCGUGGGUGUGAUAUGUGGUCUCCUGCUGCUGGCCUUGCUCAUCCUUGUAAUGUGGAAGGUUGGCUUCUUCAAAAGGAAUCGCCCACCCCUAGAAGAAGAGGAAGAAGACGAGUAAAUGAAUACUUCCUCUCCUCCCUCUUUCAUACUUUACAGUUGGAUUUGCUGCCCUCUUUGCCCUUCCCAUUCUCCAUUGGCUGGAUCCACCUGCCUCUGAUCCCUAAAGUCACUCUUUGGGUAUGUGGAGGGUGGAAGAAGGAAGGCAGGAUUGAGCCUGGCCAGACAAGCCCUCCCAAAUCCAGGCUUCUCUUGCUGCCCUCCCUGGGCAUGGAUCUUUUGGUUCUGUCAUAAUUCCCAGAAAAAUGAACCCUAAUAAAUGAAUCUGAU